AUGGUGCCCGUCACGAUUGUGGAACCGGCUGUUAAGACGUACAUAGCAUGCUCUGGAAUACUAGCUCUCAAAGUAUUGGGAAUGUCAAUGUUGACAGGGCGUAUGAGAUUCAAAAAGAAAAUCUUUGCUAAUGAAGAAGACACAAAACUCAAAGGUUCCGUAGUGAAAUACGACGACCCUGAUGUGGAGAGAGUCCGUCGCGCUCAUUUGAAUGAUCUGGAGAACAUUCCAGUGUUCUGGGUUGUAGGAGCGUUGUAUCUAACGACCGGACCGUCAGACGAGGUCGCUGUCAACCUCUUCAGAGUGUACACAGCGGGGAGGAUCCUUCACACUCUGGUGUACGCCGUGACGCCUCUACCACAACCCGCACGAGGCAUAGCUUUUGGUAUUCCGUAUUUCAUCACCAUUUAUAUGGGGGUAAGAAUUAUUACUCAUUAUAUUAGCUCCUUGUAA